GCUCACGCGUCUCUGCGUGCGUCCCAUCUGAUCCGAGCUCCCCUUCCUAGCCUUCCUUUUGCCAAAAGACAUCCCAAACCAUCAUCUGCCCCCGCCAUCCCACCAGAACAAUGCCAAAAGCCUACCUCUCCCGCACCGAACACUUCUCCGCCGCCCACCGCCUGCACUCCCCCCAACUCUCCGACCCAGAAAACGUCGAGUUGUACGGCAAAUGCAACCACAGGCAUGGUCAUGGGCAUAACUAUAAAGUGGAGGUUACGGUGAAGGGGGAGAUACAUCCAAUAACGGGGAUGGUCAUGAACUUAUCGGAGCUGAAGGAAUGCAUGAAGGCCAAGGUGGUGGAUAUCCUCGACCAUCGCAAUCUCGACGUCGAUAUCGACUAUUUCCAUACGAAUCCGAGCACGGCCGAAAACAUCGCGGUGUACGUCUGGACGCAACUCGCCGCCGCGCUGACGAAGGCGGAGCUGUUUGAGGUCCGGAUACAUGAGACGGAGAACAAUGUCGUGUUUUAUCGCGGGGAGUGAGGGAGACCCCUUCCUGUCCAUGCACUGUGGGGAAAAAGGGGCUCCUGUGCGCGGUUUGUACAGAGCACCUUUGGGGGUGCAGGUGGACGCACAAAUCAGAGGAACGGGAGCGGGAGCGGAAGCGAGGCGGGGCCAUUUGGUCCGAGCUCACGAUCACACCGGCGAUGGGCUCGACACCUCGAAGAAACGGGCUUCACAA